UCUCGAUUUCCUCCAUCCUUUCUCCUUUUUUUCCUUUCUCUUUCAUAUCCACCAUAUUUCAACUUACACGAGUGAUGCUUCUUUUCCCCAUAAAUUCCCCCUUUAUAUAAUCUUCAUUUCACAACUCUCCCUUUUGAUCUCUCCUCUUCUUCAUUCUCUUUCAUUUUCCUUCCCUAUAAUUAAUUAACAUGAACCUUCAUUAUUCCUUCAAUAAUCAUGCCCUUCAACCUCCCUCUAUGCUUCUUAAUGUUCCCUUCAUCCCCCCUCCUCCUCCGAUUUUGGGUGACGGCCAUCAUCCCUUUCCGACGUCCUGGGAGAUUGGUAAAGGAGAUGAUCAUCAAAGUCAUUCCAAAGAAGAAGAACGAGAUGAUGAUAAUGACAACGAUGGAAAUGUCGUUGUCACUUAUCGUAACGAUGAUGGUCCCAAAAAUAAUGGUGCUCGUCGUCACACCAAGCUUUGUGCAAGAGGCCAUUGGAGACCUGCUGAGGAUACUAAGCUUAAAGAACUUGUUGCCCACUAUGGUCCCCAAAAUUGGAACCUGAUCGCCGAGAAUCUCCCUGGUAGAUCAGGGAAAAGUUGUAGAUUGAGAUGGUUUAACCAAUUGGAUCCAAAGAUAAAUAGAAAGGCAUUCAAUGAGGAAGAAGAAGAGAGACUUUUAACCGCACAUAGAUUAUAUGGAAACAAAUGGGCCAUGAUUGCUCGUUUGUUUCCUGGUAGAACUGAUAAUGCUGUCAAGAAUCACUGGCACGUGAUCAUGGCUCGAAAACAUCGACAACAUUCCAAUCUUUACCGAAGAUCCACAAGAAAACCUCUUCCUCUUCCUCCUCCUCCUCCUCCUCUUCUUCAUGAUCCUUCUGGUCUUAACGUCAACGAAAACCUCGAUGUCAAGGCACUUACAAAAAACAACGUGUCAAGUGAAUCCUCCAUCUCUAGCACAGUAGAUGAGUCCGCUGCCUCCCCCUCCACCGCCACUCAUCUCUCUCUCUCCAACGCAUCCUCUCUUUACAUCGCUCUCCACCCCACCCCCAGAUGGUGUAGCAAGACGGGAAGCGAAACGGGAAAGCUUCGGUAUCGGACAGAUAAAUCGGGGAACUCGGAGUCAAACUCGGCGGAGUCAGUGAUUUCAACAAACCUAUCCUUAGGAUCUAGCUGGGAAAACAAUAGCAACGGGCAACAUCAUCAUCAUCAUAUGAAAAUGCAAUUCAUUGAUUUCCUUGGAGUUGGAGCUUCCUAAAAAUUACAAAAAAAAAGAAAAGAAAAGAAAAGAAAAGGAAAAGAAACUAUGAGUUUACUAUAAUCUCCCUACUCCCUCAAACAUUCACAACAAACUUUUGCCCUCUUUUUUUCCCCUUUAUGAAAAGAAGAGUUUAAAUGUAAACAACAACAAAACAAAAAACUCCAUUUGAUCUCUCUCUCUCUCACUAGAAUGUACAUUGAGUAAUGGAGGAGAGAGAGAAAGAAAGAAGGUGGUUUUAUUUUUAUUUUUUGAUGGGGUCAGAAAAACUAGAUGGGAAGAAAAGAGUUGUCAAAGAGAGAAGGUUUGUUUGGUGGUGGGGGUGUCUUUGUAUUCUACUGCUGCUCCUCAGAGGCAAAUGCCAAAAAAACAUAUUAAGCAAGAAAAAUUAUUUUUAUUUUUUCAA